AAUCUGGCUUGCCUUUUUACUCUUCGGCCUGUCAAACCAGACCUCUCGAUGGAAUAUUCGCCACUUAAAAGGCCAUUAGAGGAGAGGCUUGGAAGCAUAGUCUUAGCGUCCACUGCAGCCUCCACCCGCACGCUUCCUGUCCCUGACCACUUGCAAAAACAACGACGAUGCCGACCACGAACUCGAACGCAAGGAUCCGCCCCUGACGUAGUGAGCACCCUCGCGACGCCGGAGAGCAUGGAGAAGCUGUAGGAGCUACCCAUUCGCGAUGGCGAUGAGCGCUACUGCUUCUUCGAUGACCGCGGUCUCCACAACCACCUGCCACAUCACCUCAUUGCUGCUUGUGACAUGGGAGGCUCUCCGCAGCUGCUGGAGGAGAUCUACGCACUGGAGGCGCGAGACCGGCGUCCCCUCGGGUUGCCCGGGCCGCCGCUGGACGAUGGGCGAUGGCUUUCGCGGCUCGGAGAUCGGAGUGCCUACACCAUUUAUCUUGUGUUUUUUAAGGAGAAGAUUGCCAGACACGGCGUGACCAAGCCCCUCGAAGACUGCUUGAUGGCGCCAGAUGCCAACUUCAACGGAGCGUCGAUGUUCGGGCGGCUCUUCGGGGGCGCGAUGCAUCCCCUCAUUCACAUCGGGUUUGGUGUGGAACUAGGCCGCGACUCUUUGGUGGCUCAAGGUCUUGCGAUGUGUGCUGGAACGGAGGGCGACUUCUCGUCCGUUGUCGCCGACCACUGGUCAACGGCGAUGCCCAAGGUUCCCGAUGUCCCCACCCAGGGCGUCACGCUCUUCUCGAUUCUCCGCCAAAUGUACGAGUCGCCCGACCUGUUGUCUCUCCUGCCGUAUGUCCCGAACGACGCCAACGGCGCUGGAUUCUACAAGCUCUGCGACUCGCGCACACGCACGCAUGCGCUGCGCGGCUUCGUACUGGCAGGCGAUGCUGCUCGACUUCUACCUCAUGCACACGCUCACCAGCGCAAUCGUCCUGCCCCGCCUGCUCCGUGCGCUGCCGCAGAAACUCCACAAGGUCCAGCUGCUGCAGGGAUACGCCCGCGCUUGCGCACUGUGGGUCAUCGCGCGCGGGCGGCCCCGUGUCAACCCCUCGCUGCUGAUGUCGUACCCAAUCUCCCUGUCCCCGCGGGCCUCAAGACCAGCACCGCUACAGAUCCGUGGGCCCAGCUCAUCACCAACGCGCUCCAAGACUUUGACUCGCAUGUCGUGAAGACUGUCCGCGCGUUGUAUUCCGGGCACAUUCACUUCGGCAAAGUCGCCGCGGGCCAGGUCGUCGGUGCGUUCGACGAGAGCGGCAGGGAGACGCACCCGGGUCUUUCGAAGCUCGAUGGGACGGCCUGGAUCCGCGCGGCGGGCAUUACCUGCUCGGCCCUUGGCUGGAUGGGAUUCGGCGAGGAGGCGGGUCGGUGGGAUCGCAGUGUACUCGGCUUGAAUGCAGCUUGGGAGUAG